CACCGCCCCCUCUGUCAUCCCUUCUUCCGUCUACAGCCUUCGCUCUCCUUCCCCACGCGCACGCACACGCACACUCCUGCGGCAGCCGCCAAGCCAUCCCGGAGCUCGGAGCCGGCGGCGCGGCACCAGGACGGUGACGGAUCGGCGGCGACUCAUUCGAGAGCGCCACUCCCAUGGCGGACAAGAUCUCCACGAUCGUCCUCAAGGUUGACCUUGAAUGCGAGAGAUGCUACAGGAAGAUCAGAAAAGUCCUCUGCAAGAUCCAAGACAAGAUGAACAUCAAGACGAUCUCGUUUGAUGAGAAGAGCAAUACCGUGACGAUCUCCGGGCCGUUCGACGCCGACAUGGUCGGCAACAAGCUCUGCUGCAAGGCCGGCCGGGUCAUCAAGGAGAUGGACGUCAAGGGCAAGGGGAAGGACGCCGGCAAGGCCAAAGACGGCGGCGGGGAUAAGGCCAAGGACGCCGCCAAACCGGCGGGCGAGAAGGACGCCGGCAAGGCCAAGGAAGGCGGCGCCAAGGCGGAGAAGAAGGAUGAGAAGGCCGAGAAGAAGGAAGGAGGCAAGGGCGACAAGCAGGAGGCGAAGCCAGACAAGGCCGAGAAGAAGGAGGGGGGCAAGGACGGGAAGGCGGAGGCGAAGAAGGUGAAGUUCGACCUCGAUGGCGGUGCUCCCGCGCCGGCGUCGGACGCGAAGCCCGGCAAGGCGAUGGUGAUGCCGCCCGGCAUGACCAAGGCCGACCUCGGCCCGCUGCUGGAGAAGAUGAUGGCGGCCAAGGCCGGGUCCGAGCCGCCGCGCGGCGAGCCGAUCGCGCCGCCGCCGAUGAUGGCGCCGGGCGCCGCGCAGGGCGUGGCCGUGCCGUCCAUCUGGCCCGCGCCCGCCGGGUCCGUCUCCGGCUACGGCUACAACCCAGGCUACGACUACAGCGCUGGCGCUGGCGGGUACGGCUACGGCUACGGCUGCGGCUGCGGCGGGUACAACGGCUACUGCCGGUGCGGCAAGCCGGCCGCGCCCGGCGGCUACUACGGCGUCCCCGUGUACGACAGCCAGGGGUGGUACUACGGCGGCGGCGGCGGCGCCCGGCAGCCGUACUACCCCCAGCAGCAGCAGCAGCACUACUGCGAGGACCCCAAUGCCGGGUGCAGCGUCAUGUGAUGGCGAUGCCCGUCGUCAGCCCGUGGACGGAUGGAGAGACAGAAGCAAUCAGUGUGUGGUCACACACACUACCAUGGUCAGUGCCGCCGUGCUGCCUUGCCGGGGCGAGAGAAAAAAAAACUCUUCUUUUUUUUCUUUUCCGUGUGUCCCCUUGUUCUUGUUUAUGCCUGUGGAUUUUGUUAAUUUAUUUAGGGAGUUGAGUUGUGCAUGUGAACAGUGAUGGAGCUGCGUGCGACGCUUAUAUGGUGUCUAGUUGUGUCUGUGAUGAAGUAUAAUGAGAAUACAGUACUUAGUAUUAUAUUUUAGAUGAAA